AUGGGUCUUGCUGAUAGUCUCCUGGCGGGCUAUUCAAGUGAGGAAGAGGGCCAAGAGUCUGAUAUUGAGCUCCAGGAUGCUGACGAUCAGCAGCCUUCUUUUCAGCAGCUGAUAUCGGUUCCAGAUCUGAGUCUUAUCACAGAUAUAAGGAAAUACUCUCAUAUAUUACCAAGAGUUAACGAGUUUGUGGAAAAGUUGCGAUACUACGAGAAACAAGACUCAAAAACGGAGGACAGCCUCCUACAGAAUGCCAACGAUCUAUUGGACGAUCUGAACGAAGAGAUCGGCAAAAUAUAUUCCUUCAUCACCGUCCAUUACAAGCCAGUUUGGCCAGAACUCGAUGAUUUACUACGAAAUCCGUACAAUUAUGCUCGCACAGUGAGGAUUAUUUUAGGAAACCCGUCGAAACUUAUUGAUGCUCCAGAACUCUUUGAGCAAUAUCUCCGUAAAGAUGAGAUUCUCGGACUCACGGUCUCUGCAUCUGUUCUAAGACAAUCUAGCCAUAGCCAUCAUCUCGACCAGCACCAUUUGAAACUCAUAUCAGACGCCUGCGACCUUCUUCUCGAACUGGAGGCUGCCAGAACAGAAAUCAAAAACCACGUUUCUCGCAGAGCCAAAAGUAUAGCUCCAAAUGUGACUGCUCUGGUGGGCCCCACAGUGGCCGCGCAAUUUCUAUCAGUGUACGGACUGGAGGGCCUUUGCAAAGUUCCAUCAUGUAAUAUACCGUCUAUGGGAGCCAACAGAUCCUCAUUCAUGAAGGGUACAGCAGGUACGCGAAAUAAGGGAUACCUGUAUUACUGCGACCUUGUACAGUCGGUCUCGGAGGAUCUCCGAGUGAAGGCUGUGCGCAUGGUUGCGGGAAAGCUAAUUCUAGCCGCUAGGGUUGACUACUCAAAUGCGCGAAAAUCCGUUUCCGACGACUCGUUUGGACUGCAGACGAGACAACAACUCAGUGAGCAUCUGGACAAGCUGGCUAGUCCACCAGAUGCGCAGCCAAUUAAACCACUACCCAAGCCAGUGGAUCAAAAGUCUAAGAAGCGGGCUGGUCGUAGGUUCCGCAAACAGAAAGAAAAGAUGGAAAUGUCUGAGCUGGAAAAAGCACAGAAUAGGAUGGCAUUUGGUGAACAGGAAGAAACGAAAUACGACGCUUUUGGUGAGGAGGUCGGAAUGGGUAUGAUUGGAAAGCUUUCGGCGCGGGCUAUUGCCAGUAGAAGCCGGCCUCAGCUGUCCAAAGCAGCUGCUUCCAAACUCGAGAAGUUUUCGGGGAACAAGUCGGUAGCUACGAGCAAAGUUGCACAGCUACUUGACGACGAAAAAAUAGCCCGCAAGCGACAAUUGGAGUUGCCAGAAGAUACUGGCCACGGUAGGACCAAGCUACAGAAAACGCUUCCCGGAGCCACCUGA